AUGUUCAUUCUCUCGACUUAUGUUCGGCUGCUGGACAUGUACCAGAAGGUCUUCAGCUGUAUUCAUGGAAACCUGUCGCAGCUUGAAGCUGGGGACGGUCUGCGGUACUGGAAGCUGCCCGACGUGACGGUUGGUUCAUUCGCUGUCGACUCGACGCCAUCGCUGCAGAUGUCGUUGACCAUUCAGCUGGCCGAAGAGUUUCUGUCGCAGCUAAGGAAUGCGGCCGCCAGCCUGGGACCCGGUGGGUCAUCAGGCGGUAGGAGUUCGGAUGGGUCCAUGUUCUCUGGCGUGGUAGACGUUUCUUUUCAGGCUAUCAAGAGUCGUGAGGAUAGUCUGGGUAAGCAGCUGGCGGAUUUGCGACGGGACAUGGACGCAAUCCUCGACGGUUUGAAAGGGCUGACAGUGGCAACGGUAUUUUCCGUUUUGACGAGCCCGGAAUAUGCGGAUUCCAAGUAG